AUGUCUUUCAAGCCACAAAAUACGAGAGUUGCUGCGACAAAGCGAAUAAUAAGAGAUUUGAAAGAUCUUGACAAACUUCCCAUACCAGGGCUCGGUGUUACUUGUCCUGAUGAAUCUGAUCCAUUUGUUUUACAUUGCAACGUAUUGAUAAAUGAUGGUCCCUAUCAUGGAGUUAUGAUUCAUUUAAUUCUUCAUAUUCCAGAAGAUUAUCCGUUGACAGGCCCAGCUGGAAAUAUAGCGCCUGGCUUAGAAUUCGAUUCUAGAUAUCAUGGUCAUAUUCAUCAAGACUACAGAAAUGGACAUUCUUUGUGUAAUGAUUUAUUGACGAAUUUUGCAUUCUACUUUCGCUCUGUCGAUGGAGGUACCACCAAAAAAGCCAGUGGUUGGAGUCCUGGUUAUACUUUAUCAACAGCUCUCCUCCAAAUCGUUACAUUUUUUGCAGAGCCUGAUCUUAUUUCUGCGGCUUCUUCAGAAAGUAUUGUUUAUCUCCGCAAAAUGGUGAAAAAUUUUACAUGUACAACGUGUGGCCAUUCUUAUGACAAUCCAAAUCCGGCUAUAGUCGGUUAUAAUGAGAAAAAGUCAGAUAAGCAACAAACAGAAGAAGAACUAAUGAAAUCCAAGCGUGAACUAAUGGAAAAAUUAACAUGCGGCGUAACAAAACAAAAUGUCAUAGAAGAUCAAAUUUGUCUUGGUUAUCCAUUAUUAGUUACACGUGAUAAUCGUGGUCGACUGUGGCCAGAAAUUGUUUUGGAACUUAUUUCUUAUGAUGCAUACGUUGCAGAAAUACAGAAAUCCGGUGGAGAAAAAUUAGAUUUUUAUGAAAAUUUAAAAUUUCGUUCUGUCACAGGUGCAGAUUACAACCAUUGGUUGCCUUUGUAUAUUAAUGCGAAUCAUUUUCGACAAGGACAAACAAUUAUUCAAAAUAGUAUUAGUGUUAUUUAUAAUGGUACUGCUCGAGGUAGUGCAAGAUAUGAUUUUAUGCCAAACAUGGCAUUGAGUGUCUUGACUACUUUAAUGAAUAAAUCAGCUGUGCGUUUAUUUAAUGGUCAAAUGUAUGAAUCAGCACAAGCGAUAGAAGCAUAUUGCCAUUUUUUACGUUUAUUAAUGCAUUUUAUCGAUAUUUUUCCUGCAUUAGGUAAAGUACAAAUAGCAAUAAAUUUUGUUAAAGAAUAUUGUUCAUAUUUGUUUUUUUGUCGUCUUUUAGAUUCUAGGAUUAAUAAAAUUGUGGAAGGAUUCACGACAACAUUAGCUGGCUGUAAUAAAAAGGUAGUGCCAGAUAUUGGUGAAUUUUUGAUACAAAUCGCGUUAUCAACAAAAUAUAAAUUCAAUGAUGUUAAAAAAUAUGUCUACGAAGAAUAUUUUGCUCGACAAAUAUAUUGGAUUCAAAAAAAUAGUACAAUUAAAAAUUUGUUACAUAUAACGACAGCAGAUUUACCUGAAAUAUUUCAAGCAGUAAAAGUAUCAAAUCAUUUGUUAGUAUUCAAUCUGGAAAUGGCUGAAACAUUUAUUUUUCCAGGUGUCAAAGAACGUCUGGAUCGAUUAUAUGGGUAUCCACCUACAGUUAUUGUCGAAAAAUUUCAAACACGCUUAAAAGCUAUUAAAGCAAUAGAUCGAUAUAGUGUGUUAAUGCAAGCUAUCCGUCUUAGUGACACAAUCAAAUCACCAGAUGACAUGAUUGAUUUGAUAAAACGUUCCAUACAUGUAUCAAAUCAACAAGGCUAUACCAAUAUAUGA